AUGGACAACAUCGCAACUGGCGAUCAAUCACAUGCCGAGAUGGGCUUAGUGCUUUGCACUUGCUCCGAAUGCAUCAAAAAAACGCAUACCGAUUCCUCAGGAAAGCAAGUGUCCGGCUUAUGGAUCAAUCCAGGAACCCAAAGGAACCAUAGACGAAGGAUGGCUACCAAACCUGAAACCACAUCAAUCCUCGAGGCGUUAGUUGAUGAUUUUAAUGCGAAGGCAAGCAUCAAGGACACCGAACCAGAAGAAACCUCUUCUGAGUCAGAUUCUGAUUAUAUCACUGGUCCAAAUGAUCCGAAUUUAAUCAAACUAGUUUGUAAGUGA